UUUAACAUACACAGAGCAAAAGCAAUCUCUUGAGGGAAGUGAGCUGCAGAAACCAAUGCCGACGUUGUCAGACGUUUACAAAUGUUUAUGUUUCUGUUUGAGAUCCAGGUGUAUAUUAUAUUAGUUUCUAUGUAAGAAAAACAAAUCAAACUAGUUUAAAUCCCAAGCUGCUUCACCAUCCGAGAAUCUCACAGGUCAGAACUGAGUUUUCAGUUGUCGCUGAAUCCCUGAAAACUCCAGCCAGUAUCCAGUGAUUUGCCGGCCAAAAAUGGGUUGCGGGACAUGCGAGAAGCCCAAAGUGAAUUAUAGGAAAGGGUUGUGGUCUCCUGAAGAAGAUCAGAAACUGAGGGAUUACAUCCUUAAGCAUGGGCACAGCUGCUGGAGUGCAGUUCCUGUAAAAGCUGGUUUACAACGAAAUGGAAAGAGUUGCAGAUUGAGGUGGAUCAAUUACUUGAAGCCUGGAUUAAAGCGGGGAAUUUUUUCUCAAGAGGAGGAAGAAAUAAUCAUGAACCUUCAGGCCAAGUGGGGCAACAAGUGGUCACGGAUAGCGAUGCAUCUCCCUGGAAGAACAGAUAAUGAAGUGAAGAAUUAUUGGAAUUCCUACUUAAAGAAGAAAGUGAUUAAAGCUCAAGGAUCAGAUCCUCAUGGCUCUGCAACACAAUCACUGGAUUCGACCAAUCAAAGCCUAGUAACUCAUGAAAAGACCAUUAACAAGUUUUUAAGUUCUGAAUUCCUGGAGCCUCCUGAAUCAUCUACAAGAGAUUCAGGCCCAUCCAUGGUGCAUAGAAUGGAAUUUGGCUCCUUCAAAGGGGCAAUCCAGCAGCACUUCCCUAAGGUUUUUGCAGAUUGGCUCUCUGUCGACCAUGUCAUUGAUCAGAGACCAGGGAGCUUUGUUGGUGCAAGCACUCCAUGGAACUCCAAUAACUCAAAUAUUGAUGAGGUCCUUAGGCCAGGGUCUUCCCAAGUUGUUCCACAGUCUAAGAGUGAUCUUCACAGCGGAUAUGGAGAUACUGGUACUUAUGGUGAGCUUCAAGCACAAUCUGAACCUGUUAGUCAGACUAUAGGAGAUGAGUUCUUUGAUCUUUUAUCCCUGGGGGAGAUUUCAGACAGUCUUGACAUGAACCAUGAUGUACUAUUUUGAUUCCUUAGUGCAAAGGAUAUGUACCUAUUACUUUCAGAAUCCUUAUUGUUGGAUUUUUGUGUGAAUAAGUAUGCUAUUCUUCUGCUUCACAAGGUGUUCUUGGAGUGACAAUUGGAAGAAGUUCAUCACUGAAAGACAGAAAUGAGAGCAUCAUGGACCUAAUGGUGGAGUUUUUUCCAUGGUUGGCCAGAACAUUGUCAUGUCUCCAUCGCAGCCAACAAGUCAUAUCCCCUAUUCCAUGUAUCUGUUGUUUACACAUUUUUAUUUUUUCAGUAAUUAAGCCUUAGAAGGCUAGAUUUGAAGAACCUUUGACCUGCUUAUAAUUCUUGUUCUUCUUCUUUUU